UUGCCCAAGUUUACACUUAAAAAUGAAUUUUACAUCCCAAGUCACAGAUGCACGUAAUAUAGAAAUGAAAGCCACAUUAGACAAUGUUGCUGAAAAAUUGGAAAUUAUAAAAGGACUCGCUGAUACAGAAGGAAAAAUAAUCAAACAAUUUGAUACGUUUUACAAUGUACAAGAAGGUCGUUUAAAGUUAAGAAAAUUUGAGGAUAAAACAGAUGAACCUAUCGCUGAAUUGAUAUUUUAUGUAAGACCUAAUGCAACAGGCGCAAAAUUAUGUAAUUAUAAGAAAAUGGAUGUGGAUUCAAAAACAUACGACUCGUUAAAUGGAAUCCUUUCGGCUUCGCUUGGUGUUCAAGGCACAGUUUCGAAGAAACGCCUUUUGUUUCUUAUUGGACAAACGCGUGUUCAUGUCGAUGAAGUUGACGGUUUAGGAUCGUUCAUCGAAUUAGAGACUGUCCUUGAUGCCACGCAAUCGAUUGAAGAAGGUCACCAAAUUUUAAAAGAAUUAAUGUCAAAAUUAAAAAUUGAUACGAAAAAGUGUUUAGAAGUUAGUUAUAAUGAUAUGUUAAUAUCAGCUGCAAGUAGCAAUAAAACUUUAGAUAAAAGCGUACCUCAAUUCGUAAAAAACACUAUGGUAUAGUUAAUUUGGUCGCUUAAAAUGAAAUGAGAAAUAUUUAGAUAUACAUAUACAUUGGCAAUCUUUCUUAUUCAAUCUCAUUUCAUUUUGAACGAUCAAAAGUUAUGGAACUUGAGUGUGCAGCUUUUUCGAAUCGUUACCUAGAACUCUACAAUUAUAAACAAGUCCUUAGCCUGAAAAAAUGAUUCUGCUCUGGCUGGCACUGAUUGUUAGAAUCCCCCUAAAAAACAUUAAUAGUUUAUGAUAAUUUGUAUUCAAGUUUUCUUCGAAAACUUACUUACGAUUGGACAAUUUUUUUUUUUUUUAAUAUAAAAAUUGGCCCUUGACGUUUAUUGCUUUUUUUUUGUGUCUACCAUAAGAAAGUAAUUAUUAAAAAGGGCUAAAAAAUAUUCUCGGAGAAGAUGAUGGCUGAGAAAAUAGAAAAAUGUAGAUUGCUAUAUCACCUCUUGAGACGUUUCUCAACUACGGUGAAUUUAAAGUAUAAAGAUGCCUCAUUUUAAUUAGAAUAUUUAUAGGAUUUAAAAACAGCUUUAUUCUAUGUGGAUUAGAGGGGAUACGUAGGUAGGUAACGUGCAAAAAGAA